AUGAGCCCCCCUUCGGAAAACAGUGGUGGCGUGGAGGAAGAUACGGUUAAUGAACAUAGUGUUCUUGGAAAUGGAUUCGCAGAUACGUUACAAGAUGUGGGCGCAGAGGAUGUAGAGCAUCUGGCUGAAGGUCGAAUUGCUGAGCUGUUACAAGAGGAGAGGGAUGAGGGCAUUUUGACGCUGCAGAAGCUUGGGAUUGGUACAAAUCGGUACAAGCAAGUCCAAGAAGUCGAGAAUGCGUCUGAGGAUGGAUCCGCAGGGGUACCUCCUCAGAGGAUCAAUAGUCCUAUAGGUUCAAUCUUAUCCACUCCAGACGACACUCCAUCUAUUCAGGGUUCUGUAUUAUCUUCUCCUGCUGAGAGUGGUAUACUACCAUCUGUCGCAUCCAGGCCUGGUCUUGAUAGUCCUACUCCAUCAUUCCGACCCUUUGACAGACGAUUUUCCUCACGUCUUUCCAUAUCAUCCUUGAUUGUUCCUCGGCCCGGUUCGCCUGGAUUCAUGAGACCACAUUCGCGACAGGCAUCAAUGAAUAGCCAGAUGCUACAAGAUGCAGGGGACACGGAUACACCAUCUCCACCUUGGGAGGUUGUUCGAUGGACAAAAUUGAAGAAAUUAAGCGGACAAGCCUUUUCUGAAAUUGGUAAACGUAAUUUUGGCACAACAACAUGCAUAGCAGUCUCUGCAUCCAUAGUACUAGGCACAUCGAAAGGAGUAAUUUUAAUCUUUGAUUACCAUCAAAAUCUCAAGUCUAUAAUUGGGCCGGGCACCAAAGCUGUCGAAUCUGGUGCGGUGACAUCUAUUACCAUAUCCGCUGAUCACCUUGUGGUUGCUGGCGGCCAUGCUAACGGCAGUAUCUUUACCUGGGAAACGGCAAGAUCAGCUCGCCCGUUCCUCCAUAUUCCAUGUCUUGAGCCUUCCCAAUUAGCCAAUCGUAGCGCUGACGGCCAUGCUCCAAACAUCGCGAUCCGACAUUUGGGGUUUCUAGGCACCAGACACACGGCCCUUGUGUCUGCAGACGAUCGUGGGAUGGCCUUUUCGCAUCUUGCAACAAGAGGUAUGGGUGCCGUUGGGCGCACAGUCCGGACUACUAGGAUACUUGGUCGGUAUCCUAACGAUAUUGGCGUUUCCGGGAAGCCUCGAAAACCAAGCACGGUUUUGGCGUUUUCACCUCUCCCACUUGGAAAUGUAGAAAAGGGAACUGAUACUCUAGGUUUGACUGCCAUAUUGACUCCCUAUCUACUCGUGAUUGUAUCUACAACUCCAAUCGCUCAAACUCAACACAAAGCUGCUCGACCGAAAGAGGUUGCUGCUCAUAGUGCCAUGAGUGGUUGUCUUGCAUGGUUUCCUGCCGUCAAACUCAAGGUUCCAGACCCUAACGAUGGUAGCCAAAGUUCUAAAGUCAAGCUAGUAUAUUGUUGGUCCAAUAUUCUGACAGUAUUGGAUGUGGAAGAAACUCCAUCUGAAGAUAAGGAUAAGCCACCAAAUCUAUCCUUUAAACCUCGUAGUCGCUGGAAAGCAGAAGAAGCUAUUGUUGCUGUUCAGUGGCUUAGUCGAUCCGUGCUCACGGUACUGACCAUUACACAACGCCUAAUAAUUCUGGAAGAUGUAAGUAUGCGAAUGACUGAAGCAUUCGAUCUGGUGCAUAAGCACAUAUUUCAUCAAGAUUUGUUCUCCGAACAACUGCAUACCUUAGUGGAGCAAUUAGACGAGGAAGAUCCGUCUAUGCAUGGCGUUGUGGCAGAUGCAUUUUAUAUGAGCUUUAAGGCUUACAAGAGUCGGAUGUUCCUGCUUGGCUUUAACGAUGUUUCAAUUGGAACAUUAUCAAAUUGGGCAGACCGCCUAAUCGCAUUGAUGGAGGAUGGUGAUUACAUUGGAGCCAUUCAAUUGGCGACAUCUUAUUACACUGGCGAUGCUGACAAGUUGACUAUUGGUCUGCCCGAGGAUACUGCAUUGCGGCAUUCUAUGGUACAAGACAAACUGGUCGAGAUCAUGACUGCUUCUCUUAAAUUUGCUUUCGGUCAGCGGCAGAAAUACCCGGCUGCUACAGAUGACCACCUCAAGCAAUUGGCUGAAGCCUGCUUCGAAGCAUCUCUCAGCAUCAACGAUAUUGAUUUUCUAUUUGACGAGGCCUUCGAAUGGUACGAGGAUGGGAAUUCAGAGGGUAUUUUUCUCGAGGCUCUGGAACAAUCUAUAUUGGAUCAACGCAUAACCUCAAUACCACCUACUGUAGUAAAAUCCAUGGUUUCCUACUUCGUUAGCAAAGGGUUCGAAAGUCGUCUAGAGGAAAUGAUUUGUCAUAUGGAGACAGCAACAUUAGAUAUUGACGAGGUCACCACUCUUUGUAAACAACACGGUCUUUACGAUGCUCUAAUAUACGUCUGGAACCAAGCAUUACACGAUUACAUAACUCCCCUCAUUGAUCUUCUCACAUUAUUAAUACCCCUUGUUCAAGAUGGAGAAUACUUUCCAAAUAGGAACGUGAUGGAAGAUCCCAUCUUUGGUGUCAAUGCAUUGAAGAUGUUUCCAUACAUGUCAUAUACGUUUACGGGCCGAGUCUACCCUAAGGGCGAUCAACUUGAUGAACAAGAAGCCAUGAAUGCUAAAGCCGAACUCUAUUGGUUUCUGUUUUCCGGAAAGACGAUUUCUUGGCCUAGAGGAAACACCAAACCAUUCUUGACAAAGCCGAACGAAGAUAUCGAGCCUUCAUUUCCGUACUUGAGGAUGGUUCUCAAAUUUGAUGCGCCCAGCUUUCUCAGUGCUUUGAAUGAGGCAUUCGAGGACUCCUUUCUUAACGAUACGCCAGAACGAGCUGUCAACGGUGGCUCAAAUCGUGAUAUGUCGGAGGAGCAUGUGUUUGGCCUUUCCGUCAAUAGGCAGUAUAUCGUCACAAUACUCCUAGAGGUUAUGAAUGCUAGCGAAUUUGCGUCGGAAGAUACUAUCUAUUUGGAUAUGUUCAUCGCUCGAAAUCUCCCGAAAUUUCCGCAAUACUUACUACUUUCUGGGACAGCUCUGCACAAAGUUUUGACGGGCUUAUGCAAUUAUCCUGGUGAAGAUCUUGCGGAUGAUGCUCAACUCAGUGCAGAAUACCUGCUUUCGGUAUAUCAUCCAACUGAUCUAGCAUUUCUGAUGCCAUUAUUCCAGAAGGCAGGUUUCUAUCGAGUUCUCAAAAGUAUAUACAAAGCAGAUAAACAGCACAGCCAACUCGUUCAGGCAUAUUUUGAGGAUCCCGAGGAUCGAGAAGUUAUCUUCGAUUGUAUAGCUGACAGCUUGAGACCUCGUUCUGGAUUGACAAAACGACAGGUUCGGGAGGUACAUGAGGUUAUUGAGAAGCAUGCCAGUGAUCUGGUUAAACUGGGUGCCGAAAAGGCUGCCUUGACGAUCCAGAAUUAUGCUCCUGUUCUCCACCAAAAGAUGUUAGCCUCCCUCCCUGAACUCUCAGAGGUGCAAUAUAUUUAUUUGCACAGUAUCAUGGAGAUGGCAACUGGACAAGACGAGAGUCCAAAACGCUCACCCCCCAGUGACUUCAUUGAGCAGUAUGUUCAACUCAUGUGCAGAUAUGACGCUCAACAUGUGGUGGAUUACGUUGAAUUGGUGCAAGCAUCUGAUCUCCGGCUUGAGAAGGUUUUGCCUUAUAUGGAAGAGAGUGGCGUUAUCGAUGGUGUUGUGGUAUUGAUGGCUCGUGAAGGUCGGAUCAGAGCUGGUAUGGAUCGACUGAUAAAACACUUGACGAUAUUAGAGACUACUCUGGUCGGUAUUUUAGGCGCUUCGGUCGAGGCUAUGCAGUCUAUGAAUGCAAGUGAUGCUGUGGAGGAUCUUCUCACUGCUCUUCAAAAGUAUAUCAAUGUGGGAAUUUGGUUAUGCCAGCGUCAAACGUCGCCACAAUCUAAUCAUAUAACCGCAACUCCUAAUAGAAGAAAGUCAUCCGGGAAAUCCGAACUUCUUCCUGAAGAGGUGCUUUGGCUGGAUCUCAUAGAUAUCGCGGUACAAAUAACCCGCAAAUUGUCUCCGGGUCUGGAAGACGCCAAAGCAUCGAUGUCUGAUGAAGUGGAUCGUGAGAAGCUUAUCGCUCAACUCCGCACCCUUGUUCAGCGAACAUUUACAGCUCUUCUAACCUCGACAUCAACGCCAACAUCUUCGGGUGCAAACUUGUCUUUCUUACGUAUUUUACGAGCAUUUUUGACCAAAGCAUCAAUUUCGUCUCCAAAUCUUAGUGAUCUACGUGCCGUGCUUGCUUCGGUAUUCUCUGCAUAUGCUUAUGAGGAGAGUAUCCUAAGUUUAGCAAAUCGACUACUCGACAAAGACCUUUUCGUCAAUGUCCAAUCUGCGACCCAUCUUCGCCAAAGAGGAUGGAGACCGCGAGGCUCCACUUGCGAAGGUUGUGGUCGAAGGGUAUGGGGGCCAGGCGUCUCGGGCGAUGUAUUCUCCCACUGGGAAGAACGGCAUGAACAUGAGGAGCAGAAAAGAAAGAACAAACAGACUAUUUUGAGCGGAGGAGCUACGGAACGAGGAAAAGGAGUAGCUCCAGCUAGAAGCGAACGUUUGUCAAUGAUUGAUGGGGAGAGUAGCGGGAAUGGUAAAAGUAAAGGUAAAGGAAAGAGCAUGGAUGAAGAGUCGGCAGGAGGACCUCGGGAUGAAUUGGAUGGUCAACGAGAUGGCAAUGACAAUGAGGAAGAAAUGGGUCGGCAGGAGUUGGGGCCGUUGGUGGUGUUGGCUUGUAGACAUAUUUAUCAUCGGACUUGUUUGGAGGCAAUGCAGCCGGACGAUGAUGCGGCGAGGCAUGUACUUCACGAUGGGAGGGAAUUCAGGUGUCCAAUAGAUGGGUAG